AACAAAAAUCUCUUUCAUUUUCUCUCUCUUGAAACCCUAAUCCUCUCACUUUCUCUCUCUAGAAAUGGCUUCCUCCAAAACCCUUGCUCCCUGUUUGGCUCUACUUCUGCUUUUCGUGAUCAGCUUCUCAGAAGCAAAAGACUUCCAUAUCGGUGGGAGGAGAAGCUCCUGGAAAAUCCCAUCUUAUCCAAACGAGUACAAUCAUUGGGCUUCCAAAAAGCGCUUCCAAAUCGGCGAUUCCAUCGAUAUGAAGUACGAUGGAAAAGUUGACUCGGUGCUGGAAGUGAGCGAAGAAGACUACAAGAACUGCAACAAAUCAAACCCUAUCAAAACGUACAACGAUGGAAACACGAAGAUAACGUUCGAUAAAUCGGGCCCGUUCUACUUCAUCAGCGGCGCCGAAGGCCACUGCGAGAAGGGGCAGAAGAUCGAGAUUAGGGUUAUUACUCCCAAGCACGUCACUUCUCCUCCGGCGGCUCCACAGCCUUCUCCCGCGGCGGCGGGUGAUAGCAUCCACCAUGUUCCGGCUCCGGCGCCUCACCGUGCCGCCGCUGCUGCACUGAAUGUCGGGUUUCUGAGCGGUGUUUUUGCGGCGGUCGGAGUUUUCUUGGCUUUGUUUUAGAAGUACUGUUGUUGUUUCAGUAAAAUUUGAUGUUACAGACUGUUGGUCAAAUUCAAGAAUUAAUUUAGUUUUGGAAAUUCUGUUCUUGUUUUUAAUAUUUUGUUGUGAU